UGAAGGAGCUUCUACUUGGACCUGUGAGAUUCAUUGGGAACAGCAUCGGAAAAAGGUGCGAAAAAUGAAGUAAAGUGCGAGAUCUCGAAGCCUCGAGCUAGUUAGCACCACUGUAAGAUGCCGGUGUUAUUGUGUUUACAAAGACCAAGUUCGAUUACUGCUAUUUAUCAAUCUGGGACGUAUCAAUGCCUUCACUAGUUACAGAUGACGGGUGAUAAUACAUAACAUUGGAAAGUUACCACUCCUGCACUGGAUUUAGAACAGAUUAUGUGGAGUGUGUUUAGAAAUCAGAAAGUGGAUUUACUUCAGUUUUGGACAUUUUCGCUCCUUCUGUUGAUAUCAUCAAUACUUGGGUAGCGGAUUCCAAGUUUAUUUCAUGUUUUAAUCAUCUUUGUGUUAAGUCAUAACUUGUGACGCUGCUUUCGCUAAUUGCUCAAUAUCAAGUGUUCAAAAGUGGUGAUUUUAUAUACUUCGUGCAAAACUGCUGCCAUUCUAGAGGCAAUUCAAUAGCAUUAGAAUGUUAUAAGAUAUCAGAUAGAAAUAUGUCAUAGCAGCCCAGAUCACUGUUAUCCAUUGUUUUGGUAUUUGGAGUAUUAUCGAAAUAAAAUGAGUAUCUUUUGUUAGAGGUUACUCGAUGUAUAGUUUGACAGUCGUCGCCGCAACCGCCAGUCGGCGAAGUGUUUAGAGUGCAGUCUCGUUAGAAAUUGGCAACACUUGCGUGCCGGAUAUAGACUUGUUUAAAGCCGUUCUUGGUCGUGUUGGAUUAUAGAAAGAGGGAUCUCGGAUUCUGGAUAUAAAGGCCUCAUGCGACUUAAAGUAUGACGCGAGGGGGUUGCUGUGCCUUAUUGCAUCUUCGUGAGGAUAACGCCAGGUUUAUCUUACUGGCCAUAGUCAUGAUUUUAUACAUGUUGACCGGAGCAGCGGUCUUCAUGUUUCUAGAGAGAGAAAAUGAGAUAAGAGAAAGGAACCAGUACUACCAUACUUUGGAGACGUUUGUCAAAAACAACCCCAGCGUCAAUCGAACAGAGUUGGAUGCCUUAUUAAAAGUUCACUGGGAAGCAAGCACUUCAGGCCUACUUAUGGAUAAACGAGAAAGAUGGGAUUUCGCUGGAUCAUUCUAUUUUGUUGGAACCGUGGUGUCAACAAUAGGCUUCGGCAUGACAACCCCGAGAACAAUUGGUGGAAAAAUCGUGUUAAUCAUGUACGGAUUCCUUGGCUGUGCGGGCGCCAUCUUGUUUUUCAAUCUUUUCCUUGAGAGAAUCAUAACAUUCUUGGCGUACAUCCUGCGUUCAAUUCAUGAGAGAGAAUUAAAAAGGAAGGGUUUGAUGACUGGUAAGGACAGUAAGGGUCGCAGAGGAUCAAACAUGUCUGAUGAUGAUAGUUUAGAUUCAUGGAAGCCGUCGGUGUGGUGGGUUAUGCUGAUUCUGUUCCUUGGCGCAUGCGUGAUCGCCUGCUGUGCUUCUGCCAUGUACCAUCCGGUUGAGGAUUGGACGUACUUUGAAGCGAUAUAUUUCUGUUUCGUAACAUUCGCAACAAUAGGAUUCGGGGACUAUGUAGUAAGUCAGGAGUCAGACUACGACAACGUGCAUUUGUAUAGAUUUGGAAACUUUUGCUUCAUCGUGGUGGGUUGUUGCUGCAUCUAUAGUCUGUUUAAUGUAACAUCUAUUGUGAUCAAACAGUUCUUGAACUGGCUCAUCAAGAAACUGGACUGCCAGUGUUGUUACAAGCCUAAGCCACGGCCGAGAAGGAAUGCAAUAACACCGGGACACAUGCGGCAGCAGGCGGCAGUGACAAAACCAGGCAUUGACGUUACAGACGCUGAUUCGUACGAUUCUGAUAUAGAACGGAGAAACUCUGGAGAAAUGAUCUCAAUGCGAGACUUCCUGCAAGCUAACAAGAUAUCGUUAGCUAUGAUGCAGAAACAGUUGUACGAGACUUCACAGCGAGGUGCGUUCCAGCAUAACGGAGGGGGGUUCCAAGGGGGUGUUGGACCUUUAGCCAUACUAAACAAAAAAUUAGGUCAGGAAGACGCAUAGCGUUUUAAUAACGCCGAGAACCACUAGACCCUCACUAAACUACCGGGCUUUCCGUUAUCACACGAUUCCGUCUAUUAAUGAUGCGUGUUUAGAUCUAUUAAAGCGGCUGAUUCUAGGUCUGAAGCGAGCGCAAAGACUGAAGGUAUUGAAUGUUUCAUGUGACAUAACCUUGAUUACGUCUCAAGGCCAUUAUCAAGAUGAUCGUUAUGGAUCAACGUCAAUUGUGUCAAAUGUGGGAAACCUUGUUCAUCUCUAGAUAGCUGAAUGAAGCAAAGGUUGGGGUGUAAAGGAAUAAUUUGCCCCGGCAGAUGAACUCACGGGAGAGACUGCCAACCUUCAAUCGAGGACCCGGAGCCGUGGAAAGAAAGCAUUGGCGCUACUGAAUUGGUUGUUUCGGGAAUAUUCGAAAAGCGAUGUAUCUAUAUCAGUAUUGGGAAUAGGCAAACUUUUUCAUGUAAUUAUCAGGGUAUUGAACAACAUUCAACAGCUUGUUUUCACGCGAUCUGUAUACGAAUAUGAUGUAUAGAGUAGACAACACAGCACUGUCAGUUAUUCAGUAAACAUGCAUUUUUACCAAAUGUCUUCUCUUAGUGAGUAAGCUAUCAGAGUGACACUGACUUCGUCGGCAAAUGGCUAUUGACAACUUGAGUCAUACAUGAGUAAGAUCUGUUCAUGACCGAGGGAUAUGAAACUUAAAUCAGGUUGGUCUGCUUCAGCUCAAGACUACAGUCAUCCAGACGUACAGUGGUUGCAGAGCGAAAUGCCUUCUAAUAUACUUUGCAUCAGCAGGCAAACGUCGUUAUAUAAUCUUGGUGACUAUACUCGCCUUAACAAAUUCUUGCAAAAAAAGUCAACAGUAUCUGAAAGUAACCUUCUCAGCGGAGGGAGUUCUAAACACAAUGCCUUUACACUUGACAUGCGUGGGAUAUCAGUCUUGUUCAAAGUGAAACCAAGGCGUAACAAGUGAAAUGAUUAAACCGCUUGUUGUUAAGUUUCAGAAACACUGAAAACAUGCUGACAUGAUGCGACUCAAUACAGGCUCCCUCUGGUAUCAUCUCUGAACCAUUAUCUUCACGGUCAUGGAGGUACACCAAGCUUAAACGAAGCUGUAUGUUUCCGUGUAAGUUCUGUGUCUGAUCUCGUUAUCGAGAGAGAAUGAGUCUGGGAGUUGUACGCGAAUGUCACAUCGUAAUGUCAUCAUCUCGGCUGAUGACAUUUAGUCUGGCUCAGAGUCUGUUUAUGCUUAUUAGGACACGGGAAUCAUCUUCCAUCCGUGCGCACCUGUUCUGCGGAAGUUACUGGAUGAAGCGGGGAGGCAGUGGGAUGAGAAUUCCCUUAUGAGGCCGUUUUUGUAAGGAAGCGGUUUUUCCAAUGGAAUUGGACGGGUGAAGGAAAGAUGGGCAGGGUUAGCACAUACGGAACAAAGUAGCUCAUAGAUAAUCACAGGAGCUGAUCACCCAAAAGAUGCCAGACAGGAAGGAAACAUAUGGACAGUGUCAUUGCUUUAUGGGUGUUAUUGAGCUAAACUGGUGCCGUGGUUGACAUUAAACUUGUGCAAUUCACGAGGGAGUUCUCUCAAUGGCUGUUUCCAUUCGUUGGGUUGAAAGAGUUGAGAGCAAAACGAAAUGAAGUUUAUGAAAUGGCUGUAUGUUAUGACAAAGAAAUUGAAUGAAGCCAGCUUAUUGUUAGAGUUAAGGGCUACUGGUGGAACAUUCACAAUCUUUAGCUCAUCAGCAGUAUUUCUAUAACAUUUUCAUUUUUUGUGAGGUGUUCGACCGAUUUAGUGUCCGGGUCUUCUUCAGUCGGAGGUGCUGUAGAUGUGCACCGUCAACGAGUUGGAUUUCAGCAUGAACUGGCGGCUCGAGUGGUAGGAAAAGAACGGCUCGAAGGAAUUCAUUAAAGGACAGGAUUCAUGUCAAUGCUGCGUGACAAAAUAGGAAUUAAUACUGCUGAUGAAAUCACGGAGACGGCAGUGAAAAUCAGCAAACAUGUCGCCACAAGGAAUUAUGGUGACGGCCCCAUCGUAUAUGCCUGAUCUAUUGAUGAUGUCAAAAGUAUUCAAAACCUAGUCCACUUACUGUAAACGUUCACAUAUCGUACAAUUCCGUGUUUAAUCUCUUCAAGCGUUGUGUGCCUUUGAUUAUGCUCGCACUUCGGUUAUUUCAAAAAAGGCCCGUCAAUUAUAAUAGUUCAGAUAGGUCAACAAAUACGCGGUUUUCCUUAACGCAUGUGGUGAUGAUGUACGCAUCGCGUUAACUUCACUGCCCGGCCCUUAUCUUCUGAAAUACUAUCAGCCGGCUUCUACCAACCAUAGAAUCCUUUCACCACAUCAUUCCCAGAUGAGGUCAUCUUUGCCCAAUUUAUCAUAUUUUACCUCGUCUGCCUCGAAAUCUGAUACUGAUGCAUAAUAUCCGCUGAGACCAUAGGAUAAGUGUGGGACUACCCAAAUCUCUGUGGGGGCGGCGAGCGUGGCUUUACAAUGACAUGUUAGCUUUGACAUGUCCGAAUGGAAUGAUGAAGUGGACAUCGCUUCAGUUUCUCGUCUAAUGAAGGAGAGGCCAGGUCCCGGAUGUGGCGGAGGCUAACCAUUGGUUCAGCUUGGGAUCAGGGUUGAUCGACUACAAUGGUGUCAAACAGGGUUUCACCCUUGUCUUGCAGCAGCUCUAAACAAAUAUUCAUGACAUCGAAUUUCACUAUGACCAGUGAACCUGCCAUUGUCCCAGAGUUUGCUUACAUGUUUGUUACUUUUGAUGAAUGUCAAAUGUGUUUGCAUUGCACAUACAAGAUAUAUACAGUGGAACCCCGGUCAGCGACCACCCCGGCAACGCAAGUCCCCCCCCCCCCGCUAUGACGACCAAGAAUCGCCGGUCCCGAACGGUUUCCUCUCUAAUUACUGAGUCCAAAUAUUUUUUGCACUUGUUUUUUCUGCUCAAAACGAAGAAACAUCAUCAGCCCCAAAAAAGUUUGGUUUUGAAAAAAAUUCAGAAUUUUGAACUUAUGAAAAAAGUCAACUCUCAAGGAUGAAAAAAUUCUGAGUCAAAAUAUUUGUUUCACUUUUUUUCUGCUUAAAAUGAAGAAACAUCAUCAGCCGCAAAAAAAUUUUGGCUUUGAAAAAUUUUCAGAAUUUUGAACUUAUGAAAAAAAUGGGUCUCAUGUAAGACUAGGCGACUGCAAGGACAUACAAGUACAUAAAGCGAGGUACAAAUAACAUUUGUUGAAGUAGAAGUCCACUUACGUACAAACCACAACACAAUAGAUGGGGGCCAAAAAACAAGAAAUUGCUGUGAUUUGCUGUGCUCGGAUUUUUAACGAAGAAUGAUCCAAAGUAAAUAAUAUCAGAGUCACAAUUUAUCAUUGUCCUUUGAAAUAAUACAAGAAAUGUCUUGAAUAAUCUGGCGAAAGCUCACUGGACAUUGCUGUUUCAUUCAAUUUUCAUUAUGAAUAGCAGACACUGCUGUUCUGAAAAGAGAGUCCAGUCAAUCUAUGACAUAGUGACUGGACUAUAUGUAGAGGUUUGAGGUAAUUUGAAGAUUUUUAAUAUCUUCUCUUCGCUAACUGUGAUCAACUCCCUCAACAGAAAACGCUGACGUGUGUACACCAAGACGUCAUAAAAGUUAAAACACACUUUAUAAGUAGGAAUGGUGUUUGCGCGCGCAUAAUUAUGCAAUCCCUUUUUUUCACUAUCGUAAUGUAUGUAUGGUGUUCGUAGACUUUAGAGUUAGCGAAUGUGAUCAGAAUAUAAUGUGCAACGUUAGUUUUCUGUAAUUAAAAAUCGUACUAUUUUUAUAAACAAAAUCUUCUUUGAAAAAGAGUGAAUGUUGAGCACAAAAUGAUGUAUUAUAUUGAAUUGAGUGCAUUUUAGUUACAUGUACCAUGUUCUGAUAUUUUAGUUUUCUUUGCUUUUAUGAACUUCACAUCUCAUGAAAUAAUGUAUUCACAUUGAUAAUCAGUGUAUGGAUGUGUAAGUACUUCUAGAUUUUCACGAACUUUAACCUUUGCUAAGAUUUAUUGAUACUACCAUGUCUGCAUAUAAAGAAAACGUAUCUAUGAGUAAUAAACUUUCUUUUUGAGGUAAUCUUAAAAGAAGACUAUAAGGGCAGGAACUAGGUGGAACAUAUCAAAUUGCACCAGCAUGUCGAUAGGUGCCUCUGUCACAGUGGGCCAAAAUCGCUACUGUUCACUGUACACUAGGGAAUGAAUACUUAUAUCUCAAGUCAAACCAGUUCCCUAACUGUGUCCAUUAGUCACCAGGAAACCACCUAGCUACUGCCUUUAGUCCACCUUCACGUUAAGGCCAAUGUGACUUGAAUGAACGGAUAGGAGAAGGCACGCGUGUUCGAAAGGGACAACUUUCCCGCGCGAAGUUUGACACAAGAAAUUAACGGCUCGUGCAAUAGGCUACAAUAAUGAAUGUUAGUUUUAGACAAAUGCCAGUCGAAUCUGCAGUCAUUCGAAAUCACUAUAGCUCUUCAAUUCUAACGUGACUUGUGUCACAACCACUGACUUUCAUUAAACAAUGGUCCAAGAAACCUGCAUUGGCUUGUAAUCCAAUUUGCUCAAAGUCACCGCAGACUAUCAGCAGCUGCUUGAGUCGCUUCACCAUAUUGUAAAUGGAGUCAUCGACAUCAAUCAUGUUUAUAUUCGGCUUAGCUCGUCCGCAGUAGUCAACUCUACGUUAGUCCCCUUUCAAAACGAUCAUGGUCUGGACUGUGUAAUUCAAUGAAUGAUUUGUUUUUCACCAAGUUCAGUUAAGUUAUGCCACAGUUUGGUUGACUCCCAAAAUAUCAACCAUAGAUUCAACCAUCAUAGAAUAAAUAAUGGCCAAUCAAUUUGUAAUUGCUAUUAUAGAAGUUACUUUAGAUCAAAAGUAUAAUAUAAUCUUUUUCCUGUCACCUAAUAUCAGUUCACUGGUAUUCAAACUGACAUAUGAACACGAAAUGUUUUAACGUGCCGAGUUUAUCACAUGUUUUUAGUGAGUCAUGCAAUGUGUCUGUUUAAAGGCAAGCGUACGAGAGAUCACAACCAGCAUGGCGUUACUAACUACAAUGUAUAAGUCUCUCCUGAUCUGAUGGGACAUUCUACCAUGGAUCACUCUCACGUGUUCCUUGUAACUGGGUCAAGGACCCAGAGCCUGCAGACGGCAUGGUCAUAGCUUUAGGAGACAAUAAAAUACUACGUCUUCGCUUUCGGUUUAAAUUGAAAAUGAGUCAAAGACACAACAUCGUUUUCCUUCACUGCUUUACAUUUUCUCACAUCAAAGUCAUAUUAAUUUAACUGAUUAUAUUUUUGUAAUUCAAUGUGUUAUAAUAUAUGAUUGCAGUUCACAGGAAACAUUUAGCCACUUUCUAUGUUACUUUGUCGAAAACAAGCAGCAGCACGGAUGGCCAAAGUUAUUUCAAAUCCUACAAUGUAUCAUAUUUGAUUAGUCCUUCUAGCGAGCAUGUUUAUGUAUGGUGACGCACUUGUAUUAGAAGGGAGUUGUGAUCAAACGCAGCUCUUUAAAUAUCUUUAAGGUGUAAAUCAGACCUGAAAUAUUUACGAGGUCCUAAACACUACCUCCAACCGGUUUUCUAGUAUACCCUUGUCUCAGACAACUAAUGACUCUUAACAUCGAUUGCACAUACUGCGGCAAUCGAUUUCUACCGCAGAUUCUCUCGUUGUUCCCCUUCUGCAGCUUGACCUUUAAUGACGAUGACGUGGAUCACAUCAGACCUGAUCAUUUCUUGGCGCGUUUUCCGCUACGGCGCAUCACUUUGAACUCGCCUCUUACCCAUUUAAAGCAUCUCAAAGCAAUUGUUCAAUUUGUAAAGAUUUAAUCGAAAGAGUAUGAUUGGAUAGAAGGUGAUUGAUAGAUUGUGUGAGGCAAUGGACGAGCUUUGAUGUGCUCUGACGCUUUGACGAUGAAACAGACGCGUGAAAUGGGAAUUAGAUGCUGAAUGUCCUUAGGGUUUAUUUCAUGCCUGCCAUGGGUCUUUAAGAACGAAGGUGGAUGUCUCUGGAUGUGUGAUGAUGUGUGCUUCUAUCUGCUGAAAAAAUAAUCAGGACCAACUUGCUAUUCGUUUAUAUACUGAGAUAUGUAAUAAAAAUCGUCUGCUCUAGGGGAACGACAACACCGGGUGAAGAGAAAACUCUGCGGAAAUCGAUUUCAACUCUGUAUCGGCAGGCCUAUCUACAUUAGAUGCCGCUGUCUGGGAAUCAACUUAUAACUAUAAUGUACAUGUAUACUAUAACGGCAGGCCUAUUGUGAGCGAGAAUUGAUUAGAUAAGAAGGUGAAGCCGACUGGUGUGGCGUGUCAGUGGUCAUCAAUUGGGGAGCUUUAAUUGUUCAUGGGUGAUCACACUUGCGCUCACGGUAACUGAGCCUCGCGUCCAGGCGUUGCGUUUAACUUUAACUGGCUAUCAAAUGCGUGGGAUUGCUAUAACUAGAGGCGAGGUCCGAACGGCUGGUCUCAACGCAACGAAUUCUGACCAGUGUACUAUGUGGUUAGUUGUAGUCUGACAAGUGCGACUAUAAAACGCAGGCACUCAGCAUGUACGGUGGCGAAUCUGCUCCACAAACGCUUUCGGAGUGGUAAAUGUUACAUUGGUACUUGCCUUGCACAGAGUUUGAAUUACCGAGACUCAAAACGAUGAAUGCAAGGGUGCCUUCAAGUCGCCAUGCGCGAGUUUAACCGAGGUGUGGUUGAUGUCUGGGUGUGUGUACGACGUGCUGGUUGCGAUGAUCUGGCUUCCGCGCGAAUGUUUUUUGUUGUACUAAUCGCCAGCCACUCUAUCCUUGAAUAUGACGUGGUGGCGAGAUCAUUUUUCAUGGGUGAAAACCGUAAGAGUGAUUCGAGUUUUAUUGAGUCUCGACCCAUUAACAUCAACGUCAAUUGCUGCUGCACCUUAGUUGGGUGCAUUGGGUGACAGGGCAAUGGAAAAGCAUUGCGCAGGCUGAUCUCGGAGUAUGAAUGAGUAUGUUCGUAUGAUGUGGUUACCCUGGUGAGUAUUCAGAUUAUGAAUGUGAGAGGAGCUUUUCAAAGAUCAGUCAAACCAAAGACUGUCUCCAUGCGCCAGCUACCAAUUGGAGUGUAAAGUUCUUUAGAACUAUGCGAGUUGCUAGUUUUAGGUUGACAUGUCGAUGUAUCACGCUGUGUGUGGUCGGAAGGGGAACCAAUGUCAAGGAGGGAAUAGUAGGUACAUUGGUCUGUCGGGGAAGCAAACCAAUCUACAUGUACAUCAUAUAAUCCUUUGGGGAAAGAAACUGAUGUGACAAGUUCUCCUUUCGUAUUAUAUCAUAAAUCUAAUUAUGCUAAUAUAUAAACAAAGUGUACUUCUGAGCAAACCUCAUGCAAGUUAUUUCAGUGCCGAAUUGUGACAGAAUUUAUAUCACAAGAAGUUCAGACAAAGUGUCUAAAUGUGCAACUUUGACAAGUAUAAUUAGUCAGAUUCUGGUCAAAAUCAUUUCAUUUCAUUUCCUUUCCCCAAUUUAGUAUCUCUAGUUUCCGCUGGUAAAUCAUGCAACCGUGUCCCCACGGCUACACAACCCGCUGGGACGAGGUUUUCUGAUAUCAUUUGGUACAAUAAAGGUAUUUCUUAUUA